CUCCCCCUGGCCUGGAUGAGGCUGUACCUUUUCUGCUCGCCCAGGAGUGAGCCCUGCACUCCUUCUGUCCUGCCCAGACCUCCGCUGAACAAAGGAGCUCUGGGCACAUCACCAGCCCCAGGACCCAAAGCAAGCGAACUCCAGGACGGGUCCUUGGCACGCGGGGGCUGCUGCCAAAAUCCAUCCUCCUCCUCCUCCUCCUCCUCGUCAUCCUGCGAGGGCAGCAGGGAGGCUGCAGCUGGACAGAGCUCUCGGGGGACUGCUGGACGUGGGGCCAGCAUGGGGGAUUGGUGGCUGGCCAGGCUCCUGCUGGGCUGCUCGGCUGUGCUGGCCGUGGCACAGUACGAGGGGGACUUGCAGACAGACAGAUUCACAGCCUACGAGGACAGACCCCCGAGCAGGGUGAGGAGAAGGGGCCAGGACUCGCUGCGAGGCCCAAACGUCUGCGGCUCGAGGUUCCACUCCUAUUGCUGUCCUGGCUGGAAAACUCUGCCUGGAGGGAACCAGUGCAUUGUCCCAAUCUGCAGGAAUUCCUGUGGGGAUGGAUUCUGCUCCCGGCCCAACAUGUGCACCUGCUCCAAUGGACAGCUCUCCCCCAACUGUGGCUCAGCUGGAGUGCAGAGCUGCAGUGUGCGCUGCAUGAACGGGGGCAGCUGCUCCGAGGAGUCCUGCCUGUGCCAGAAGGGAUUCACGGGCACCUACUGCGGGCAGCCUGUGUGUGAGAACGGCUGCCAGAACGGGGGCAGGUGCAUCGGCCCCAACCGCUGCGCGUGUGUGUACGGAUUCACCGGGCCCCAGUGCGAGAGAGAUUACCGCACGGGGCCCUGCUUCAGCCAGGUGAACAACCAGAUGUGCCAGGGCCAGCUGAGCGGCAUCGUGUGCACCAAGACCAUGUGCUGUGCCACCAUCGGCCGCGCCUGGGGCCACCCCUGCGAGAUGUGCCCGGCCCAGCCGCACCCCUGCCGGCGCGGCUUCAUCCCCAACAUCCGCACCGGCGCCUGCCAGGAUGUGGAUGAGUGCCAGGCCAUCCCUGGCCUCUGCCAAGGUGGCAAUUGCAUCAACACCGUGGGAUCCUACGAGUGCAAGUGCCCUGCAGGGCACAAGCAGAGCGAGACCAGCCACAGGUGUGAAGACGUGGAUGAGUGCGGGGCCAUCCCGGGCGUGUGCGAUGGAGGCGAGUGCACCAACACCGCGGGCAGCUACGUGUGCUCCUGCCCCCGCGGCUUCAUCAGCAGCCCCGACGGCUCCCGCUGCCUCGACCAGCGCCUGGGCACGUGUUUCUCGGCGCUGCUGGGCGGUCGCUGUGCCGGGGACGUUCCGGGCCAGGCCAGCAGGAUGCAGUGCUGCUGCGACUCGGGGCGCUGCUGGGCCAUCGGCCAGACCCCCGAGGUGUGCCCCGUGCGGGGCUCGGACGAGUACCGCAGGCUGUGCAUCGAGGGGCUCCCGGUCGUGCCAGGCUUCCCCGGGAACUUCCCAGGAAUUCCCGGAUUCGGGCCCAACGGGGUCGGGCCGGGACUCAACGGGCCCGGGGGCAUCGGCCCCAACGGGGCCAACGGGCAGGGCGGGAUCCCGGGGCUGCCCGGGAUGGGCCCGGGGAGCUCCAGCAUCGGAACGGCCACUCUGAACCAGACCAUCGACAUCUGCAAACACUUCACCAACCUGUGCCUGAACGGGCGCUGCAUCCCCACCCCGUCCAGCUACCGCUGCGAGUGCAACAUGGGCUACAAGCAGGAUGUCCGGGGGGAGUGCAUCGAUGUGGACGAGUGCUCGAGCAGCCCCUGCGUGCACGGUGACUGCGUCAACACCCCGGGCUCCUACCACUGCAAGUGCCACGAGGGCUUCCAGAGCACCCCCACCAAGCAGGCCUGCAUUGACAUUGACGAGUGCAUCAUGAAUGGGGUGAUGUGCAGGAACGGGCGCUGCGUCAACACCGACGGCAGCUUCCAGUGCAUCUGCAACGCCGGCUUUGAGAUCACCCCCGACGGCAAGAACUGCGUGGACCACGACGAGUGUGCCACCACCAACAUGUGCCUCAACGGGAUGUGCAUCAACGAGGACGGGAGCUUCAAGUGCAUCUGCAAACCCGGCUUUGUCCUGGCUCCCAACGGGCGCUACUGCGUGGACAUCGACGAGUGCGAGACGCCGGGGAUCUGCAUGAACGGCUGGUGCAUCAACACCGAGGGCUCGUUCCGCUGCGAGUGCCUGGGCGGCCUGGCCAUCGGCGUGGACGGCCGCGUCUGCGUGGACACCCACAUGCGCAGCACCUGCUACGGGGGCAUCAAGAAGGGCACCUGCGCCCGGCCCUUCCCCGGCGCCGUCACCAAAUCCGAGUGCUGCUGCGCCAACCCCGACCACGGCUUCGGGGAGCCCUGCCAGCCCUGCCCGGCCAAGAACUCGGCGGAAUUCCAGGCUCUCUGCAGCAGCGGCAUCGGGAUCACGGCUGAUGGCAGAGACAUCAACGAGUGCGCCCUGAACCCCGACAUCUGCCCCAACGGGAUGUGUGAGAACCUGCGGGGCAGCUACCGCUGCAUCUGCAACCUGGGCUACGAGUCCGACCCCACGGGCAAGAACUGCGUGGAUGUGGACGAGUGCAGCGUCAACCGGCUGCUGUGUGACAACGGGCUGUGCAGGAACACCCCUGGCAGCUACACCUGCACCUGCCCCAAGGGCUUCGUGUUCCGCACCGAGACCGACACCUGCGAAGACAUCAACGAGUGCACGUCCAACCCGUGUGUGAACGGGCUGUGCAGGAACAACGCCGGCUCCUUCGCCUGCGAGUGCUCCCCGGGCAGCAAACUGGACCCCAGUGGCACCAUCUGUGUGGACAGCAUGAAGGGCACCUGCUGGCUCAACAUCCAGGACGGGCGCUGCGAGGUCAACAUCAACGGGGCCACGCUGAAAUCCGAGUGCUGUGCCACCCUGGGGGCAGCCUGGGGCAGCCCCUGCGAGCGCUGCGAGAUCGACACCGCCUGUCCCCGGGGCUACGCCCGCAUGAAGGGGGUCACCUGUGAAGAUGUGAACGAGUGCGAGGUGUUCCCGGGCGUGUGCCCCAACGGGCGCUGCGUGAACUCGGCCGGCUCCUUCCGCUGCGAGUGCCCUGAGGGGCUGACCCUGGAUGGCACUGCUAGGACCUGUGUGGACGUGCGGGUGGAGCAGUGCUACAUGCGCUGGGACGAGGACGAGUGCACGGAGCCGCUGCCCGGCAAGUUCCGCAUGGACAUGUGCUGCUGCUCCGUGGGCUCGGCCUGGGGCUCCGACUGCGAGGAGUGCCCCCGUGCCGGCUCUGCCGAGUUCAAGGCGCUGUGUCCCCGCGGGCCCGGCUUCGCCAACCGCGGCGACGUGCUCUCGGGACGGCCCUUCUACAAAGAUGUGAACGAGUGCAAGGUGUUCUCCGGGCUCUGCACCCACGGCACCUGCAGGAACACCAUCGGCAGCUUCAGGUGCAUCUGCGGCAACGGCUUCGCUCUGGAUGCUGAGGAGAGGAACUGCACAGACAUCGACGAGUGCCGCAUCUCCCCCGACCUGUGCGGCCACGGCUCGUGCGUGAACACCCCGGGCAGCUUCGAGUGCGAGUGCUUUGAGGGCUACGAGAGCGGCUUCAUGAUGAUGAAGAACUGCAUGGACAUCAACGAGUGCGAGCGGGACCCGCUGCUGUGCCGGGGCGGGAUCUGCAUGAACACCGACGGCAGCUUCGAGUGCAUCUGCCCCCCUGGGCACGAGCUGACAGCUGAGGGCAACACCUGCAUUGACAUCAACGAGUGCUCCCUCAGUGACAACCUCUGUCGCAACGGGCGCUGCGUCAACGUCAUCGGCACCUACCAGUGCUCCUGCGACUCGGGCUUCCAGGCCACCCCGGACAGGCAGGGCUGUGUGGACAUCGACGAGUGCACCAUCACCAACGGGGGCUGUGACACCCACUGCUCCAACUCCGAGGGCAGCUACGAGUGCAGCUGCAGCGAAGGCUAUGCCCUGAUGCCAGACAAGAGGUCCUGUGCAGAUAUUGAUGAGUGUGAGGAUAACCCCGAGAUCUGUGACGGGGGGCAGUGCACCAACAUCCCCGGCGAGUACCGCUGCCUCUGCUUCGACGGCUUCAUGGCAUCCCUGGACAUGAAGACCUGCAUUGAUGUGAACGAGUGCGACCUCAACCCCAACAUCUGCCUGCACGGCGAGUGUGAGAACACCAAGGGCUCCUUCAUCUGCCACUGCCAGCUGGGCUACUUCGUCAAGAAGGGAACCACGGGGUGCACAGACAUCGAUGAGUGUGAGAUUGGAGCCCACAACUGUGACAUGCACGCCUCCUGCAUCAACAUCCCCGGCAGCUUCAAGUGCAAGUGUCGCUCGGGCUGGCUCGGGGACGGGCUCAAGUGCAACGACCUGGAUGAGUGCGCAACCGAGGAGCACAAGUGCAACCUGAACGCCAACUGUGUGAACACACCCGGCUCGUACCGCUGCGCCUGCCGCGACGGCUUCAACGGCGACGGCUUCUCCUGCUCAGACGUGGAUGAGUGUGCAGACAACGUGAACCUGUGUGAGAACGGGCAGUGCCUCAACGCCCCCGGCGGGUACCGCUGCGAGUGCGAGAUGGGCUUCAACCCCACCGAGGACAGCAAGGCCUGCCAGGACAUUGAUGAAUGCACCUUCCAGAACAUCUGCGUUUUUGGCACCUGCCAGAACCUGCCCGGGAUGUUCCGCUGUGCCUGCGACGAUGGAUAUGAGCUGGACAGGAGUGGGGGCAACUGCACAGACAUCAACGAGUGUGCAGACCCUGUGAACUGCAUCAACGGGCUCUGUGUCAACACCCCGGGCAGCUACCUGUGCAACUGCCCCCAGGACUUCGAGCUGAACCCCACGGGGGUGGGCUGUGUGGAUACCCGCGUUGGGAAUUGCUUCCUGGACACGCAGGACCGAGGGGAUGGGGGCAUCUCCUGCAGCGCUGAGAUCGGCGUGGGGGUCACCAGGGCCUCCUGCUGCUGCUCCCUGGGCCGUGCCUGGGGCAACCCCUGCGAGCUCUGCCCUCCAGCCAACACCACCGAGUACAAGACCUUGUGCCCUGGGGGAGAAGGGUUCCGGCCCAACCCCAUCACUGUCAUCCUGGAGGACAUUGACGAGUGCCAGGAGCUGCCAGGGCUGUGCCAGGGCGGGAACUGUGUCAACACCUUUGGCAGCUUCCAGUGCGAGUGUCCCCUGGGCUACUACCUCAACGAGGACACCCGGAUCUGCGAGGAUAUUGAUGAGUGCUCUGCCCACAUCGGGAUCUGUGGCCCUGGCACCUGCUACAACACCCUGGGCAACUACACCUGCGUGUGCCCACCCGAGUACAUGCAGGUCAACGGGGGAAACAACUGCAUGGACAUGAGGAAGAGCGUUUGCUACCGCAACUACAACGACACCUGCGAGAACGAGCUGUCCUUCAACAUGACCAAGAAGAUGUGCUGCUGCUCCUACAACAUUGGCAAGGCCUGGAACAAACCCUGCGAGCCCUGUCCCACCCCUGCCAGCCCCGAGUACCAGAUCCUGUGUGGGAACCAAGCCCCUGGAUUCAUCAUUGACAUCCACACUGGGAAGCCCAUUGAUAUCGAUGAGUGCAGCGAGAUCCCGGCCAUCUGCACCAACGGCGUCUGCAUCAACCAGAUCGGGAGCUUCCGCUGCGAGUGCCCCAUCGGCUUCAGCUACAACAACAUCCUGCUCAUCUGUGAAGACAUCGAUGAGUGCAGCAGCGGGGAGACGCUGUGCCAGCGGCACGCUGAGUGCGUCAACAUCCCCGGCAGCUUCCGCUGCGAGUGCGCCGCGGGGUACCGGCUGUCCCCGGGGGGAGCCUGCGUGGGUCGCAACGAAUGCCAGGAGAUCCCCAACGUGUGCAGCCACGGGGACUGCGUGGACACCGAGGGCAGCUACGUCUGCAUCUGCCACAACGGCUUCAAGGCCACCGGGGAGCAGACCAUGUGCAUGGACAUUGACGAGUGUGACCGGCAGCCCUGCGGCAACGGGACCUGCAAGAACACCGUGGGCUCCUACAACUGCCUGUGCUUCCCUGGCUUCGAGCUGACCCACAACAACGACUGCAUGGACGUGGACGAGUGCUCGUCGCUGGUGGGGCAGGUGUGCAGGAACGGGCAGUGCAUCAACAGCGUGGGCUCCUUCCAGUGCCUGUGCCAGGAGGGCUAUGACCGCACCCCUGAUGGCAAGAACUGUGUGGACAUCAACGAGUGCGUGAGCCUGCCCGGGACCUGCUCCCCGGGCACCUGCCAGAACCUGGAGGGCUCCUUCCGCUGCAUCUGCCCCCCUGGCUACGAGGUGCAGAACGACAACUGCAUUGACAUCAACGAGUGCGAGGAGGAGCCCAACAUCUGCCUCUUUGGGACGUGCACCAACACCCCGGGCAGCUUCCAGUGCGUGUGUCCGCCGGGCUUCGUGCUGUCUGACAACGGCCGCUGCUUCGACACUCGCCAGAGCUUCUGCUUCACUCGCUUCGACAACGGGAAGUGCUCGGUGCCCAAGGCCUUCAACACCACCAAGGCUCGGUGCUGCUGCAGCAAAAUGCCUGGGGAGGGCUGGGGAGACCCCUGUGAGCUGUGCCCGCAGGAGGGCAACGUUGCCUUCCAGGAGCUGUGUCCCUAUGGCCACGGGGCCAUCCCAGGCCCGGGUGACACCCGGGAAGAUGUGAACGAGUGCUCGGAGAACCUGGGGGUGUGCAUCAACGGCGCCUGCAUCAACACCGACGGCUCCUUCCGCUGCGAGUGCCCCUUCGGCUACAACCUGGACUACACCGGGGUCAACUGCGUGGACACGGACGAGUGCUCCAUUGGCAAUCCCUGUGGGAAUGGCACCUGCACCAACGUGGUGGGAGGCUUCGAGUGUGCCUGUGAUGAGGGCUUUGAGCCGGGGCCCAUGAUGACCUGUGAAGACAUCAACGAGUGCUCCCUGAACCCCCUGCUCUGCGCCUUCCGCUGCAUCAACACCUUCGGCUCCUACGAGUGCACCUGCCCCUCUGGGUACGCCCUGCGGGAGGACAGGAGGAUGUGCAGAGAUCUGGACGAGUGUGCAGAGGGGCUGCACGACUGUGAGUCCCGGGGGAUGCUCUGCAAGAACCUCAUUGGCACCUUCAUGUGCAUCUGCCCUCCUGGCAUGCAGCGCAGGCCCGACGGCGAGGGCUGCACAGAUGAGAACGAGUGCCGGAGCAAGCCGGGGAUCUGCCCCAACGGGCGCUGCGUGAACACGGCCGGCAGUUACCGCUGCGACUGCAACGAGGGCUUUGAAGUCAGUGCCUCGGGCACCGAGUGCAUCGACACCCGCCAGGGCUUCUGCUUCACGGAGGUGCUGCAGACCAUGUGCCAGAUGUCCUCCACCAACCGCAACCUGGUCACCAAGUCCGAGUGCUGCUGCAACAGCGGGCGCAGCUGGGGCCCCCAGUGCGAGCUCUGCCCCCUGCCUGGCACUGCCCACUACAAGAAGAUGUGUCCCCAUGGCCCUGGCUACUCCACGGAUGGCAGAGACAUCGACGAGUGCAAGGUGCUGCCCAACCUGUGCAGGAACGGGCAGUGCAUCAACAGCAUCGGCUCCUUCCGCUGCCACUGCCGCCUGGGCUACACCCCGGACAUCACGGGCACCGCCUGCCAGGAUCUGGACGAGUGUAACCAGUCCCCAAAGCCCUGCAACUUCAUCUGCAAGAACACCGAGGGCAGCUACCAGUGCUCCUGCCCCCGGGGCUACAUCCUGCAGGAGGAUGGCAAGAUCUGCAAAGACCUGGACGAGUGCUCCACCAAGCAGCACAACUGCCAGUUCCUCUGCGUCAACGUCAUCGGGGGCUUCAACUGCAAGUGCCCCCCUGGCUUCACCCAGCACCACUCGUCCUGCAUUGACAACAAUGAGUGCACAGCUCAGCCCUCGCUGUGUGGAGCCAAGGGGCAGUGCCUGAACACCCCGGGCAGCUACAACUGCGAGUGCCAGAAGGGAUUUUCCCUGGACAGCUCCGGGGUCAACUGUGAAGAUGUGGACGAGUGUGACGGGAACCACCGGUGCCAGCACGGCUGCCAGAACGUGCUGGGGGGGUACCGCUGCGGCUGCCCCCAGGGCUACGUGCAGCACUAUCAGUGGAACCAGUGCGUGGAUGAGAACGAGUGCUCCAGCCCCUCUGCCUGCGGCUCUGCCUCCUGCUACAACACCCUGGGCAGCUUCAAGUGCGUCUGUCCCUCGGGCUUCGACCUCGACCAGGCCUUCGGGGGCUGCCAGGACGUGGACGAGUGCUUGGCCGGGGGCAGCCCCUGCAGCUACGGCUGCUCCAACACGGAUGGGGGGUACCUGUGCGGCUGCCCCGGCGGGUACUUCCGAGCAGGACAGGGCCACUGCAUUUCUGGCUUGGGAUUUGGGAAGGGUCCCUACCUGCCUGCGCCCCAGGAGGAGGAUGAGGACAACCUGCUGUCCCCCGAGACCUGCUACGAGUGCAAGAUCAACGGGUACCCCAAGAGGGGCCGGCAGCGGCGCAGCGUCAACGGCACGGAGAGGCACCAGGAUCACGGGGUGAACCUGGCCAGCAUGGACGUGGAGGCGCCGCUGUCCAUGGCGCUGAACCUGUCGGAGCUGGCGCACAAGGAGCACAUCCUGGAGCUGCUGCCGGCGCUGGAGCCGCUGGAGAACCGCGUGCGCUACGCCAUCGCCCAGGGCAACGAGGAGGGGCUGUUCCGCAUCCACCACAGGGAGGGGCUCAGCUUCCUGCACCUGGGCCGCAAGAAAAUCCUGCCGGGCACCUACGUGCUGGAGAUCGUCAGCGUGGGCCUGCCCCGCCGGCGGGAACUGCACAAACUCGAGGCCGACAACCACCUCGACUACUUGGCGGGCGAGCUGGGCCAGGCACUGAGGAUGAAGCUGCAGCUCCAGCUCUACUAAAGCCACCAGAGACCCCCCCAGUCCCACCCGACAGCGCAGCCCUGCCCCUCGCCACCCAACCCGGGAACAACGGGAUCCUCUCCUGCCACCGCCGCCGCCACCGCUGGGACAACGUGGGGAUGUCCUGCUAGGAUCAGCCGCCACCAGGAUAGCCAUGGGGAAUGGCCUUGUAGGAUCAGCCACCACAGAAACUGUCCUUGUAGGAUCAGCCACCACCAGGACAGCCGUGGGGAUGUCCUGCUAGGAUCAGCCAUGGGGAAUGUCCCUGUGGGAUCAGCGACCACAGGAACAGCCAUGGGAACUGUCCUUGUAGGAUCAGCCACCACCAGGACAGCCGUGGGGAAUGUCCCUGUGGGAUCAGCCAUGGGAGGUGUCCAUGUGGGAUCAGCACCUCUGGGGAUGCUCUGCUCUGGGGAUCAAGCCCAAGCCACAGCUCACAAAACUCCCAAAAGCCAAAAGAGUCCAAGCUCCUGAGCAGGGACUCCCCUCCCUCUGCUCCCACCUCUCCCCCUUAUCCAGGACACUCCCAAAUGGGGAUCUGCUCAUUCCCAGGAUAAAAGUGCUGAUUCCCGGGAUAAAGGUGCUCAUUCCUGUGAUAAAAAUGCUCAUUCCCAGGAUAAAAGAUGAUCAUUCCCAGGAUAAAAGUGCUGAUUCCCGGGAUAGAAGGUGCUGAUUCCUGAGAUAAAGGUGCUCAUUCCCAGGAUAAAAGAGGCUCACUCCCAGGAUAGAGAUGAUCAUUCCCGGGAUAAAGGUGCUCAUUCCUGGGCUAAAAGGUGCUCAUUCCCAUGAUUAAGAUGCUCAUUCCCGGGAUAAAGGUGCUCAUUCCCAUGAUUAAGAUUCUCAUUCCUGGGAUAAAGGUGCUCAUUCCCAGGGUAAAAGGUGCUCAUUCCCGGGCUAAAAGGUGCUCAUUCCCAUGAUUAAGAUGCUCAUUCCUGGGAUAAAGGUGCUCAUUCCCAGGAACUGCCUCAUCCCCAGGCCCGAGGUGCUCCUGGGUGCUGGUUCCUGGCCAGCGUUCUGCACUGUAUCCAUCCAUCCACCCUCCCAUAUUUAUGGAAAACCACCGAAGGAAUGCUGGCUCGGUGCUGUCAGGAGUGCAUUUUCCCGUAGCUUUACAUUUUUUUGGAGGGGUGGGAAUUUCUCUGCAGUGGGGGAUGUGUGUGUUUACUGUAUCGGGGCUCCAGGCAAACUUGAAAACUCUUCAAAGCAGCUCCAGACUCUGGAUUUUACAAGAGUCCCAGAGCUUGUGACAGGAUGGGUGGCCUGAUGUUUGGGAUUGUUUUUUUGGUUUUUUUUUUUUUUAAUUAUUAUUUUUGGUUUGUUUUUUCCAACAGGUGCUUUUUUUAAAAAAAAAAAAAAAAGAAAAACCAAAAUCCAAAAAGUAUUAAUAAUAAUAAUAAUAAAUUAGCAGAGCUGGGUUUGUGUGCGUGUGUUGAGCCAAAGUCUCAAAGCUCAAGGUUUCCUCUCCUCCUCUCUGGUGUGGUGUUUUGGUUUGUUUUUUUGGGUUUUUUUUGUUUUGUUUUGUUUUGUUUUGUUUUUUUAAAAUUUGUUUUAUAUUGACAUUUCUUGCUGGUUGGUUUUUUUGGGGGGAAGUGUUGAAACCCCAAACCUGUGCCCCUUGUCCCACACAGAGAGGUGGCUCUUUGUGGAAUUCCUUUUUUGUAUCAGAAGCAACGGCAACAAUAAAAUUAUUUUGGGUUAA